CUCGCACAUUUAAUAAAUUCUGUAAAUUCUAUUUAAUAAAAAAUACAUCUUUACAGGACGAAACUACCACUUGACCACCGUAAUGUGAGAUUUUGCCGCUGCCAUGUCCGCUGUUGUUAUAUGGACCACGGUACUCACCAUGCCCCCCCUAAUAGCCGCCUGGAGCGCAGUGUGCGCCCGGAUACUGGCCAUGGCCUUACCUUGGUAAUCUUCCCGGCGAUACACGCCAUGUCCUUGAUAGCGCACCUGGUGCGUUGUGUCCAGUGUAACCAGCCUGAUACUAGCGAGUGUCUCUUCCACAAGAGCUAGGGCUGCCAUAGCCUCCGUGGCCACCCGAAGAGCUGCUGGGGCCUGACUCGCCAGAGAGACUUUCUCUCCUCGAGCGACGUGACUCGCGGUGCUGCCGAAGUGGUGCUGCUUAACGGCCUGGAAGGUAUUCCAUAUCUGCUGAACUUCAGUCGAGUCGCUUUGCAUUGCAUGAUCUUUAAUUUCGUCUGGUCAACAUCUACAACGUCUUCGCGAUCUUCUUGGCGGGUGGCGCCUUUGCUAACGUUCGCAUCCCCACUGCCUACGCUGGCCUCGGCGAGAUUGUGAGCGUUUUGCCUGCCAUUUUUGCCGCUAUGACCAUGCUCCUCCGUAAGUUUCGUGCUUAAUCGUCUGGAGACCACUCACGAACCGCUUCUUGCCAAGUUGCCUGCCGCGUCAUCUUCCCCGCCCUUGGCACCUUAAGCCGUGUUGCUCCUUACCCCCGCAUCAUCGUGACCCUGCUGUGAUAAACUAAUCAAGGAGGAUCUUCACACCAAACCUAGCAUCCCACUCCUCGCAGGCGGGCGAUUGAAUCGAAGGACAUGGCUUUAUGUAGAGGCAGCCAAGAUUGCUGCUUCCUUUAAAUAAUCCUCUCUUCAAAAAACAAAGGGAAAAAAAAGAAAAGAAAAAAGAGGGUGGGAGAGCGUGGCAAAUCUUUAGAAUGUACGAGAUUCCGAGUCAAUGUGUGUAGGCCAAGAUUGGAGACACUGGCAUCCAACCAGGGAGGCAGGGGCUUCGGGAGUUUACGAAAGCCAAGGAUUCACCCCCAAGAUAUCCCAGCAGCGUUUUUACCAGAUCGCCACCUAUUUAGCCACUAGCCUUUCUUUUGUGGCACUUUAAACCAUGGGUGAGGACAGGCGAAUAUACUCAAUGAAUUUCUCACCGCUUCUUCUUCGAUUGCGGUCUUUGCUGACAUGGGGGUGGGAACCCUCGAUAGUUCUCUGCCGAGUUCUAUUCACCACAGACGCUUGAAUAAUCUGGGAUCAGUUGCACGAAUAUAAACUAGAGGGGCAUCAGGAGUUUAAAAAUCAUGAAUAAACCCUCUCGAACGGACGAGCCCCUCGAGGGGGAUGGCUAUAACCAGAGCCCAAAUUCCCUUUCCAAUGACUUGACCACCAACGAAGACCUCAAUGGCAUCACCAACAUCAGGGAAUUGAGACGAGAAGACCCUCAGUCGUUGCAAGGUGCAAGAACGCCGGCAGACGAUGACAAUGGAUCCAACACCCCAAAUGCAGCUGGCAACAAAACCAUGCAUUCCCUAGCCAACCAGUAUUCUGUUAUUGGCCAGCCUUUGAGGAAGAGGGCUUCACAAGUCAAUUGCUCUGCCUCUCUUCCCUCCCACUCACCCACUUUUCCGCCAAAUAAUGGCUCGACUUGCCAGAGUCAUGGUCUUCGUACAGUAGUUAAGCGCUUCAAGAAUGUCUUCCUCAAGUUCUGCUCGUUCAUUGGGCCUGGUUUUAUGAUUGCUGUCGCAUACAUUGAUCCCGGCAACUAUUCAACAGACAUCGCCGCUGGAGCUUCUUACCAGUUCCGGCUGCUGUUCAUUGUUCUCUUGGCCAAUCUAUUCGCCAUCUUCCUCCAGAGUCUUGCUAUAAAGCUUGGCACUGUCAGUGGACUCAACCUCGCAGAGGCAUGCCGAGCAUUUCUCCCCCGAUGGGUCAAUUACAUCUUAUACGCCUUCGCAGAGAUUGCUAUUAUUGCCACAGAUAUUGCUGAGGUGAUUGGAUUUGCUAUAGCACUGAACCUCCUGAUCCCCCAGCUACCCCUGGUUGCUGGAUGUGCCAUUUCAAUCUUCGAUGUCAUGGUCAUUCUCUUCUUUUACCAUCCAGAUGGAUCAAUGAAGACCCUUAGGGUCUUCGAGUUUUUUGUAAUAUGCUUGGUCCUUGGCGUGGUGGUGUGCUUCUGCAUUCAAAUGUCUCUUAUUGAGAAUACCACGGUUGGAGAAGUCUUCAAGGGUUACUUGCCAUCAAGUGCCAUUGUUGAGCAGCAGGCUAUCUACCAAGCAUGCGGCAUUCUGGGAGCAACUGUUAUGCCACACAGCCUCUAUCUGGGCUCGGGUAUAGUCCAGCCACGUCUACGAGACUACGAUGCGAAGCAUAGGCUUCUACCUCCCGAGUUAUCAUCCGCAUCCUCGUCUACCAGCGACAGCGUUGAGAAAGGUUAUUACGUCCCAUCUCUCGGGGCCAUCCGACACUCACUGAAGACCUCAAUCGCCGAGCUGGCCAUUGCUCUUUUUACAUUUGCACUCUUCGUCAACUCGUCUAUUCUUAUCGUGGCUGGUGCCUCCUUGUACAAUAACCCAAAUGCCCUCGAGGCGGACAUCUUCGGCAUCCAUGGCCUGCUCUCAGAAUCCAUUUCGCCUGCAGCAGGCACUAUCUUCGCGCUCGCAUUGUUGCUGUCAGGGAUGUCAGCUGGCGUCGUCUGCACCAUUGCUGGGCAGAUGGUCAGCGAGGGUGCGCUGAAUUGGAAACUCCGCCCCUGGCUACGCCGCCUAGUGACUCGAAGCAUCAGCAUCACACCCAGUAUCAUCAUUGCCGGAGCAGUCGGCCGACCUGGGCUAAAUGCCGCGCUCAGUGCAUCUCAGGUUGCCUUGAGUAUUGUCCUGCCGUUCGUCACAGCGCCACUCAUCUACUUCACCUCCCUUAACAAGCACAUGACGGUUCAACCGGGCGGAGCACGUUUCCUCGCGAUCAACAGGGAGGGCACGUUCGUUCACGACCAGCGCCUUCUUGCGGCGGCGGGAAUUCAUGGUAGUGGCGUUAUCAAGAUGGCCAAUUCGUGGUAUACAGCCGCUUUUGCAGGUCUUGUGUGGAUGAUCAUUACGGGGAUGAAUGUGGCUAAUCUGGUGUUGCUUGGAAAGGGCGAGUGAGUAAAACAUGUAGCGCGCUUGGUGGGGAGCAGCUUUACAGUAGUUCCGCAGCAUAUUGCUUGCCUGUGGCCCAUCUCUUAAGUAUUAUUGGCAAACCUGUGGCGAGGUAACAACCGUUAGCCUACAACAAUCAAAAUUGCUUCAAGGUAUUUGCUUCACCGAAUUAUCCAGAAGGUCGCUGUCCGAGGAGGUGGAGGGGGAGGAGGUACAAAAGAAUGGAAGACUGAACAAGAUACAUGGCAGGGAUUGGGAACGGACAUAUAUAUGAGGCAUCCCGGCCCUGUAAAGGAAAAAUCAAGUCAAUCAAAAGAGGACACUGGUGCAAACGUGGACGAUGUGGGCGUUUCUCGUACGGCCCGAGAAUAAAGCCGAGUCCCGUGCUACCUGUGGAAGAACCAGAAGGCUCGAUCGCAUCACGUGCAAUUAGUCUAGGCAACUCCUGUCACCCAUCACUGUCCAUCACCACGCAUUAACUUGUAUACUCCUAUGUCCUUUCCCAUCACGAUUAUUCCUAGACACGGUUUUGUACAUCGCAAUGUCAGGUCAUCACAGUUCUCGGUCCUUGGUCGUGCCAUCCACCACUUCGCUGCACAUACCCAAGCCCAUUAAUAACAAUGUCUGGUAUCGGUACUCGACAUUUAUAGCGGUAAAAAUACUUAAGCAUAUUCGGCCAUGACACAGAACCGUUCUCAUGUUGACAGGCGGGCUAUGCGUGAAGUACGGGCGCCGUGUAUAUUUAUUGGAAGCUUCAGCAAUGCUUUUUGUAUCGCGACAUACGUCUAUACCAGUACCAAAUGUUUUAUGUGCAUUUACUCAUUCUAGGUGGACGUACAUCGUGAUGGAAAGGAUACAGGGAGAUAUGAUUGGCAGUGGCUGGGUAAACCGAAGUGAGGAGCUGCUGUUUUAUGAUGAAAAGUCGCUGCACAAACAUAUGGCACGAUGGACAUCCCUUGCAGUACCUGUAGCCGUACAAUUUAUCACGUCGAAUAUGUAUAUUUCCAUAUGAACGGCCAAAUAUAGCACGUAGAAGGUCUAGCCAGGAGCCACCAAGGUUUUCAAGCAUGUAUAUUAUAGCAGCAUCCUCUGCCGGACUGAAAGGGGUCUUGUCCUUCACGCGUGAAGUUCCAUCGGGCGGGUGAAGCAAACAUGGGCCCGGCCACCCACCAGGAAGAACUGGCCACGCUAUCUGAUUCCGCUGACUAGAUUUCACAGAAUGGCCUCUUAAUAUGGCUGGUUCUUGGAGUAUGCUAGUAUGAGCGCCUGCUCCUAAUGGCCCUGGUUGUUCUGGGAGAAGAGGCUAAAAUGGCACUGAGGGAGGGGUACAGGAUAGGGAGUUCGUCGCAAAGUGUUGCUGGUUGGUGUUACCAUGUGAGUUUGCGGUAUGAGAC